CUUUAUUCGACCCUAGAGUUUUAUUUCCAAAAAAGAAACAGGAACUUCUGUAAUACCCCCGCAUACAUACAUAUAAACAUAUAUAUUUUCAAACUUCUAAUGAUUGGAUUAAAGGGUACAUUAAAUGUUAUUGACAACUCAGGAGCCAUCAUUGCAGAAUGCGUGCGAGUGAUGAGUGGUGCACGUUUUGCUAGAACAGGUGAUGAGAUUGUUUGUGUAGUUAAGAAGGCUAGACCUAUUAAUCCAAAUAUUGCUGGUACCCAAGCAGCAGCACAAAAAGUGAAAAAAGGUGAUGUUCGUCAUGCACUCGUUGUUCGUACAAAGAAAGAAAUGACACGCCCUGAUGGCCGAACAAUUCGCUUUGAUGAUAAUGCAUGUGUCUUGUUAAAUCAAAAGAAAGAACCUUUAGGUACACGUAUAUUGGGUGUUGUUGCUGCUGAAUUGAGAACAAAGAAUUGGAUGAAAGUUGUUUCACUAGCUCCUAGAAUUAUAUAAUAAACAAAAUUGUGUAGAUAUAGCAUAAAAGAGA